ACGUGCGCUUCUCUCCGCUGUGUUGGGUGUCGGCAACUUUUGUAUAAUAAAAUUUAUACAUGCCUAGCUAAAAAAAAUUAAUUUCCCUCGCGACUUUCUUCCCUUCGUGAUUUCUUCAUCAUUAUCAUUCGAUAAAAACGCACUGAAACAUAAAAAAUAAAUAAAUAAACAACCAGCUUGUACGGUUCAAAUUAUUUUAAUUGCAGUCUGUACUUAGUGCGAAUUGGAUAAUGACCUCCUGUAUAUACACAUGUAUAUGAAAAUUAUUUAUUGAACGGCAUAACUAUGAUAAACCCGCCUGAUAAUAAUACAUUUUAAAUUAUCGAUACAGCCGUACGUAUACGUGUAUACGCUGAAAGACGUUCGAUUUUCAAUCAUGUUUAAAUAAAAAUAUCGCAGAGAUUUUUCAAACGACAGUAAUAAAAACAUCAACGAUAAUCAUCCCGUGAUUGUGUGAAGUUUAAUAUUUUUUUCUUCCGACAUGAAUAAAGCCUAAAUAUCUCUACGGACGAGAAUAUAAUUUAUUCAUUGAUUAAACCGUAUAUAUGUGUACAGGUAACUUUAUCGCAAUGCAUCGAGGACAAGUUUUCACGUUUUUGCCAUUAAUUUCGAUAUUCCUUCUUCUACUUCUACAUCGGUGUAGGGGACAUCUCGUAGAUGGUGUUUUUACCGAACCUACGUUAAAAUCUGGUUACAAUCUGGUCACCACCGUGCCGAAAGGAGCAAAAUCGUUGAACGUUACCGAGUUGGGUAACACGAGCAAUAUUCUAGCCGUUAGACUACAAGGUCGCAAAUUUUUGCUGAAUGGAAACGACGCGGCGUUAAGGUCAGGGUCGGUGGAAGCUGCGGGUACGAUUUUCACCUACAUUCGACAGGAUUCGAAUCAUCUGGAAAGCCUUGCCGCGGAAGGACCAUUGCAAGAACCGGUCGACAUCCUGGUUUUUUACAGGGAACCAAAUCCCGGGAUAGUCUACAGGUAUAUCAUGACGAGUGAUCAUUCAACGUUUGCAGCAGGACCUCCUCGUAAUUCGAGAUACAAAGCAGCUACGAGUAAAACAUCGAAAAUUUUUCCACCGUUGAAUUACUCCAGAAGAAGAGAUCAUUCGCAAGGAAGACAUCGAAUGUCGGGUGACGAGGCCAAGCCAGCAGUGCUAACUAAUCAACCUCAACGUAAAUUGAGAAGACGAAGAUUUGCUUGGAAAAGUUUCGGUCUUACUGACUGUAAUAGAUUUUGUGGCGGUGGUGUUCAAGUAACCCGAUUCGUUUGCGUCCGUGAACAAUCGCAGAUUCAAGUUUCCGAAAAAAGGUGUCAUCAUCUGGAAAAGCCAGUUGGACAAUCGGUCAGAUGCAACACUCGUCCAUGUCCUGCAAAAUGGAGGGCCGGUGCAUGGAGCGAAUGUUCGGUCAGCUGCGGCGGCGGAUUUCGUACACGUGAAUUAGAAUGCGUUCAAGAAGUAACGCCAGUUUUAACGAUGCGUGUAGCUGACGGAGCUUGCAUAGAACCGAAUAUUUUACCGGUCAAAGAAGCUUGCGUUAAUUCACCGUGCGACGAUAAAAAACGUUCGAAAAUCCAGUCGACGAAAGAGACGGUAGAUCUGAACCCCGGGACAAAUCGAGCGGAAUGGAAGACCGAGACGUGGUCAGAGUGCUCGACUUCCUGCGGUCCAGGAAUAAGGAAAAGGGUAGUUUUCUGCUCUCCAAAUAUAAAUGGGCGUAAUUGUAUUCCGGCUGAAAAACCGCCGACAGAAGAAUCCUGCGAUUUGGGAACUUGCGCCGUUAAAACUUUACCAACAACAACCGUUAAUUCGAAUGCAAUUACCGCAGCCAACAGCAGAUGGUUGUACACGGAAUGGUCACGUCAGUGCUCGGCGGACUGCGGGACGGGAAUUCAAUGGCGAAGAGUAGCUUGUGGUUCAUCCCCAAGCGAUACGUGCGACGAGUCGAGUAAACCGAAAAUAAGCAGGGAAUGUACCGCAGAUGCAAGUUGCAGCGGGCAUUGGUUCGCCGGUCCGUGGACUCGGUGUUCGUCUGCGUGCGAGAUCGGCGAACAGACUAGAGAAGUUGUUUGCAUAGCGAAGAUUCACGGUAGUCCUCGUUUGGCAUUGGAAAUGAAUUGUCCGGCGGAGAAACCGGAAGUCAAAAGACACUGCAGAGGACCACCUUGUUCCGCUGCUUGGUUCACUUCGGAUUGGUCCGAAUGCACUCGGUCGUGCGGCAAGGGUGUGCAGCAAAGAGAAGUUAAAUGUAUAGGUGGGAACGGGCGGGAUUGCGUGGAAUCCGAUCGACCGAUUGUAAAAAGAUUGUGCAACGAACAGCCCUGCAAAAAUCAACAGGACAAUUAUGGGACUAUUCAGAUUCAAAAUGACCCGGAGAUAUCGAACCGCCUCGACGAAAACUCCGAGUGCAAAGACACCAACUUCAAUUGUCCCCUUGUGGUUCAGGCUAGACUCUGCAAUUACAAUAUCUACAGAAAAACGUGCUGCCUUUCGUGCUCCAAGGCACGUCAAGUCAAUGAAUAAAACUCGUCGUUAAGUAUGAACAUAUACGAACAAAUAGAUUACGUAGAAACAAUAUCUAAAAAAAGAACAAUGACAGCGAAUCUCUAUGAAUAAUUAAUGUGGUAGGAUAACUUGCACAUAUACUUGUAUGAAAUUGACGAUGAAAAAAAAAAAAAAAAAAUGGAGGACUAUUUCCCGGCGA